AUGUCCUCGACGGCACGGCAGACACCUCCGCCGGCAAAGUCGGAUGAAUUCUCUGAUACCGGCGAGUCUUUACAAGUCCUGGAUGCCUCGGAACUGAACGAAACAGCAGUGUCUCUGUCCGAGACUGCUCCCGAACCUGUAUCAGCACCGGUAGCACCUUCGGGGGCGGCCACCGCUGAGUCUACCGCAGCUUCAUGGGACUCAAGAGAUCCUGAACACGCAUCUGAGCAGCUGCUAGAUCAUCCCAUGUACCAUGCGGAUGCACAACAGACCGUGAUUGCUGAGCAGCUCAACCUCGCGGCAGCACCACUGGAGGGCUCUCCAUUCAACCUUGCCGCAGCCACUCCGGCCCUCGCUAACUGGGGCGUUGCACAGAGUUGGAGCACAAGUUACACCCACAUAGUGUAUUCAAAUACCGAUGGGAACCAUCAGGCAGGAAAUUCACAUAUGUUGGAAUGGAGCAGGCAAGUUUCGGGCACUGUUCUCGCGGCCGGACAUGGUCCCGCGACACUGCUGGACCCGGCUGGGAUGCAUCUGGAUCCCAAUUUUCAUUCUGCAGCCGCUACAAACUCGGCAAUGGAGCCUCUAGGAUCCUUUGGGUUGAACAAUGAGGCAGCCACUCCCGGGACGGAAUAUGUCAACAUGCCAAACGAAGAUGUUGAGAGCCCUGGCAACGUGGCAGCGCUGCCACUAGACAUGUGGUCGCCUGUGGACCUGCCGGAGCCUACUCUCCCCCCCGGAGUGCAAGUCUGGCAGAACAGGAGAUUCGCAUACGUCUUCUACAUGACAUUCCCACAAGCUUGA